AGUUAUACAACACAAACCUAGGACUAACUUUAUCGUCUGAUUUUCGGGCUCAGUUUAUUAUUAUUAGUGGUAAAUUACAAUCGAAAUACUAAACGUUCAAAUGCAACAGACGUCUCUGCAAUUACAUAAAAGGGUUGGAGUACUGUAAUUUAAGUGAAUAUCAAAACUAUAUGGUAUUUCAGUAGACGAAAGAAUUGAAAAUUGGAUUGAUAGGCUGAGUAGUUUGCAAAAAGAAACUGGGAGAAUGAAAAAUUUACAGAUUCAGGGUUAUCUGAGUGAGAACGCGACUCAUACUAGUACUACUGCUAGUCUUAGAAGAAGGUAUCGUCAGCAAGUGAACGGCAGCAUAAUAUAUACAAUUUGUACUACAAACGAUACUCGGGUGUUUUGCACACGUUUUGGAAAUCUGCAAGCUUGAAAAAGAUUUCUUAUAAACUUUUAGUGUAAAAUAUUUCUAUAUGAUAUAUGUCUAAAGAAUUAUUUUUAUCAACUGAAUAGAAUGAUGCAAAACAUGUGUAAUAUGUUUUGAAGAAAAUCUUCCAACUCCAGUCCUGUUAGUUCUUCAAUCCACAGACUUGCUGUUUUUUUACUGAUAAAAAAUUAAAGAAGAAAAAAAUGCACUGCUUUUAAGAUGCAUAUGUAUCCAGAAACUGGAAGUUGCAUUGAGUGCAAACUUCAGAAUAGAAUUACAUGUACUUGUAUUAUAUACGUAGCCCCUUGGUAAAAAAAAAAAGUUCUUAAGCUGUUCAGUGCUUCAAGUUCAUUAGUAAUGGAAGUUCAUUCGUUAGAAAAACUUGUGUCAUUUAAUUCUAGUGUAGUGCAAGAAGGUGAAUGUUUUGUGGCAUCUCUUGAAGUGUCACGUGAUGUUGUACAAGAUGUUGGAGCCACUAUGGAAGUUGUAAACCUUAUCUCAGAUGAAAGGGCUGAAGUUCCUACAACUUGUGGCCCUAAUAAAUCUGAUUACAACCUUGAAGAAAAUGUGAUAAUUACUCCUGGUGUUUGGGAUGAUGUGGAGCAACUUGUUAAAAAAGCUUGCUCUGAUUUUCAGGAUGUUCCAGGCCCAACAGAUUCACAACUUUUAGUAUCAAAUUCAUGUAAUGAUGUCAAAAAAGAUCUACAUUUCACUGAAAAUCAAAAUCUUACUCCAAAAGAAUAUGCAUAUGUUUUUAAAAGUUCUGAAGGUGAAAAAUCAAGACAAGCUGCUAACGUCAAAAAAGCUUCAAAAGGAAAUUUUGAAAAAACAAAAAUUAGAAGAACUCGACAGCUGAUUGAUGUAGAAGCUUGUAGAAAACCUUUUGAGCUAGGAUGGAAACGAGAGAUUGUAUAUCGUUCCAGCACAGAAAACAACAUUAAUAGAAAAUCAACAAGACUUAUUGAUGUUUACUACCUUACUCCAAGUGGACAAAGACUUCGUUCUAUGAGGGAGGUUUACAAUUAUAUAUCCGCACAUCCCCAAUUUGGCAUCACAAUUGACUGCUUCACUUUUGCAAAUAUAUCCAUUUCACAUACACCGUAUGAAAUACAGCGUCAUGCGUACUCAGGAAGAAGAGGUUCAAGUCUCUCCCCUGCUGGACAGUCAGUAAGAACCCUUUCGUUGGGUGUAGGUGACAGUGUAUACAAAGAAGAACCUCUUUCAUAAACUCUUUUAAGAGAAAGACAUUAUGAAAAACAAAAGUAGAAAGAAAUGAAGGCACUAAUGACUUAUCACAAAUGCUUAUUUUCAUAAGCAACAAGAAGGAAUGAAUAAUGAUUUUAUCUGAGGCAUGCUAUCUCUGCAUAAGGACUGUUUGGUGCAUGUAUUCUAUGAAUAAAUUAUGUUUAUUACUCUUUUAGCCUGAUGACACCCCAUAAAUUAGAUUGACAAUCUGUAAAUAUAAAAAGAUUUUAACAUGAAUUUACUCAUUUCAAAAUUGCAUGCCUUCUGCAUGGUACAAAAAAUAAUCCAAACAAGAAAAGACCAAGUGUUUAUGCAUGUAAGAGGGAAGAAACAGUGAACUUGAUUUAAAGUGAGAAAAGUGCCCAUCAUUGUGACUGGCUUUUAAUGAAUCUUCAGUGAAGUAAAAAAGUUAUUAUUUUUUGUGCAUAGGCUAGAAUAUCUUGUAGCUUUGUACUUACUCUGUUGAAAUAUUUGAAUACCAUUUAUGUUCUAAUAUUUUUGUACUAGUUACUACUAACUUCUGACACAUACUGAAAACUAGACAGUUGCACAGAUUGGAAACCAUGAAAUUUUAUCUUUUUUAAAAUUUUUAAUUGACAACUGUUUUUAAAUUUAAAAUUUAGAGAGUUUUCAUAUACUAAGUUUUGUUAAUUUAAUGAGUCAACAAAAUUUCUCCAAACAAAAGACCAAAAACAAACAUAAAUUGUAAUAUUUUAUUAACAAAGAGAAACAUUGGACUAUCAUAUUUAGUAGUUUUCUAUAUAAAUUUUACAUGUCUUGCAUACGACAUUACAAAACAAGAUUGCUACUUUUGAUAAAAACUCUACUCUUAACAUGUUCAUAGUUAUAUCUAUGUAGAUCUUCACUCAUCUAUUACUUACUUAGUACAUUUGUUUUCCAGUUUAUAAUGGAAAGUCUCCAGGCAUUUUUAGACAAUUUACAUUAUAAUAAUGUAUAAAGAGUUACAUUUUAAACUUUUGAAUAGCUAAUGAGGCUUCCUGAUGUAUAUACUACAAAGAGAUAUAUUUUUUACUUUGUGUUGUUGUUGAUCUUCAGAGAAUUGUUGAAGUGGUAUUAAUUUAUAUAUUUUCCACAUAAACAAAUACUUUCUAAAUAAUUCUUCAAGGCCCGGCAUGGCCAGGUGGUUAGGGCAC